CAGAACAUUACCUCAGACUUUGCACUGUCUCCUCUCUAAAUAUUGUCAAGGGAAUGUUUUGUUUUUUUUCUCCGAGACUGGUUAACUCCUUUAGAACCUUUGUACUGGUGACACUUUGACCCAUGUAGAUUUAUCAUCACCAUUUGCUAAACACGUGUGGGAGAUGCAUGUUAGCAUCAGGUGCAAAAUGCACACAAAUAUUUUUUUUUUUUCAAGGGAUGCAAUAUGUACAGCUUUUUAUUUAUUAAUAUAACCCAUUCAAUGAAGAUGUGGAAGCUACAGAGUAGCAUUAAAGAUAUUUUUAUCUGAAUAAUCUUUCAACCCAAACAACUAUAUAGCGUGUUUUUUUCAUCCAUACGGCAAAAUAUUUGGAUGAUAGUCACCAGCUGUUAUAAUAUUUCUCUCAAGAAUACUUUGACCAAGUAAAAUAUUAGACUGUUUCAUGUAGAUUUUUUAAAUUAAAAUGAAAAAAGAAUGUGGAGUUUAUUUAUUUAUCAUUCUUCUUACACAUCCAUUUCCUCCAAUUUUCUCUGUACACUAACGAAGGUGCAAUGAAAAGAAAGUUAUUAUUAUUAUUCCUAAUUUAUAAACACAGCAUUCAACAAGUUACACGUUUCCACCACUAAGAGGCAGAGGGCACUUAUUCAUUACCAGUCAAUUAAAAUUAAUAAUUCUAACGUAAUUUAAAAAAAAAAAAAAAAAGUCGAAAAAUAACCCUGACUCUGCCAUUUUUAAUCCUGUUUGCCUCAUUCAAUCUUCAAAUUUAUGCCAAACGUAAAUUACCGGACGGCUAUCUGGACGUGACGUCACGCCGAUUACGUCAGCACCCGCAUAUUAAAGUGCCUUUUGCGUCUAAAGGACAACGUGAAUCUACUCUCCGACAUUUAUUUCAUCGCCUGACCACGGGAAACAAUCACCAUUAAUGGAGUAAAAAUGAAAAUGAGAGGUGUAAGUUAAAGUAAUAAGAGAGAAAUUGGCAAAAGCCAAAGAAAGUUUGAACUUAUUGACUGUCUCUGGAGUUCAAGGCAAAAGGAGUGCCUUCAAAUUUUCUUGCCCUAUUGAACGAAUCAAAUGCAUCCAUGUGGAUUAGCAUACAUUUGGCUCCUCUGCUCAGUCUUGCUGAUUUCGGUGGUCCUUGGUUCCUCGAUAGCUGAAGAUGAGACAGCAAAGCAUCAAAAUACCAGUGGAAAUGGCACCAGGAUAGACAUUGUGUCCUUUAGGUGGGAUCAUGUGAAGGGUCCUUAUAUAGUUGCAUUAGGGGUACUGGUGGCCUUUUUGGCAAAACUAGUGAUCGAGGCGAAUCAUCAUGUGACCUAUAUAAUCCCAGAAAGCGCUCUGCUCAUUAUCUUCGGCUUCAUCCUGGGUCUCAUCAUCUGGUGGGCAGACAUAGUGCACCUCUUUGAGUUGACCCCCACCGUAUUUUUCUUAUACCUGCUUCCUCAAAUCGUCCUGGAUGCCGGCUAUUUUUUGCCAAAUAAGCUGUUCUUCCGAAAUAUUGGAACCAUUCUGGUCUAUGCCAUUAUUGGGACUUUAUGGAAUACUGUCAGCUUGGGGUUGACCCUAUGGGGCUGUCAGAAGGAUGGAGCCAUGGGUAAUUUGGACAUGGCCUUGCUUCAAUAUCUUUUAUUCAGCUCUGUAAUUGCCGCAGUGGACCCGGUGGCUGUUUUAUCCGUGUUUGAGGAGGUCCACGUCAAUGAGGUCCUUUUCAUUCUGGUGUUGGGCGAGUCACUCGUCAAUGAUGGUGUGACAGUGAUGCUCUUCAAUAUGAUUGAGGCCUAUAUUUCCCACAACAAGGCCUACAUUGAUGUUUUGGAUAUACUCAGCGGAAUAGUGUCCUUUUUUUUAGUGGCAGUUGGCGGCUCGCUCCUCGGUGUAGUUUUUGGUUUGCUGCUCUCGCUUCUGACCAGAUACACAAGAAGCAUCCAGAUUAUCGAGCCGGGUUUUAUCUUUGUGGUGGGGUACCUCUCCUACCUGACUGCUGAGAUGUUGUCCCUUUCCGCCAUCUUGUCGGUUUUCAGCUGUGGCGUGGUCUGCAAAAAAUACAUCAACGCAAACAUGGAUGAAAGGUCCGUCACUACGGUCAGAUAUGCCAUGAAGGUGCUCGCCAAUGGAUCAGAAACCAUCAUUUUUGUUUUCCUGGGAAUCAUAGCCAUUGAUAAGGAUUUAUGGGUGUGGAACACGGGCUUUGUCCUCCUCACACUCUUCUUCAUCUUUGUGAAUCGCUUCAUCGGUGUUUUUUUCCUAACCUGGAUCAUGAACAAAUUCCGGCUGGUUCCUUUGGAGUUCAUUGAUCAGAUUAUUAUGAGCUACGGUGGCCUGCGAGGGGCAGUUGCUUAUGGCCUGGCAAUGAUGCUGGAUAAAAACACGAUUAAGGAGAAAGAUUUAUUGGUCUCCACGACUCUCAUUGUAGUUUAUGUCACGGUUAUCCUUCAGGGAUUGACGCUGAAACCUCUUGUCGCUUGGCUGAAAGUAAAGAAAGCUUCGGAUGCUGAGCACACGCUCAUCGAAACGGUGCAGAAUAAGGUCUUCGAACACAUGCUUGUUGCAAUUGAAGAUAUCGCCGGGCAAUUUGGUCACAACUACAUGAUGGAUAAGUGGAAUCAUUUUGAAAACAAGUGGGUGGCGCCCAUUUUGAUGAAGCCGUCGGCGAGGAAGAAUCAAGAUUACGUUUUCAAAGUUUUUCAUCGGCUCAAUCUCAAGGAUGCUAUAAGUUAUGUGGCCGAGGGCGAACGCAACGGUUCUUUGGGACUGAUCCGGAAUCAAUCUGGAGUGAUUGAACUCGAGAAAAGGUUUGCGCAAAGAUCCUCGGAAGCGAUGCCUGACAUUAUGGUGGACAAUCACCGCGCAGUGUCCUCUUUGGGACGAGAGCCUUGGCCUUCGGUGAGCUUGGAAAUGCACGAUCAGUCUUUCAAGGGUGCGAAGCAAACGGAAGACAUCAGUCACCACCUGCUGCAGCAACACUUGUACAAAGGCAGGAAACAGCAUCGGCAUAGAUAUAGUAGAAGCUAUAUCGAGGUCAACAAAGACAAAAAAGAAGCGCAGGAGAUCUUCCAGAGGACCAUGAGAAAUCGUUUGGAGUCUUUUAAGUCGACAAAGAUGGGGGCCGUUGCAAAGACAGGAGCAAAGUACCCCAAAAAACUCCACGACCAUAAGAUGUCAUCGGGAAAACUUUACCGUUAUGAAAACGAAGAGCCUGAUAUAGUAGAGGAGGGCAGCACCUCCAGCUUCGAGGCAUCGGAUGACUCACUCACCAUGAAAGUCCUCCGUAAAGCAGAAGAAAAUGAGAACCCAACCUUCCUGAUGCAAAUGGACCCGGCAGAAUCAACGCUGGCUCCUCCAUGGUUGUCAGAGACGGAGGCUGACAGCAACAUAGCAGCCCCCUCGGAGAGGGCCCGGGAGAGAUUGCCGUGUACGCCCAAUAGCAAGCGAAGCCUGUCGCAAUCCACGGACUCCAUCGUGCAGGCUGAAGCAGCAGCCGGGGAAGACAGUAGCGACGAAGAGCUCCAGCCACCAGUAACUCCGCCGCCGCCACCACCACCAGCAUCUUCACCACCUUCCAACUGAGAGUGAUGAGCAGGGCUUGACAUGAACUUCUGCGGCUUUCUAGCCACUUAGCAUUUUUCGCUCACCGCAAUCUAGUUGUUGGGAGUUAGGCACAACUAAAAACAAAGCACUUGAGUAAACUUUCAGACUGGAUCUGAAUGUGUUGGCCGACACCACUUGAGAAGGCUGACUCAGAGAAGAGAUCACAAUAAAUGCACUUGGACCAAAA